AUGUCUAGCAUCACUCCCAGAAAGAGAAAGGCGGACAGCAGCGCAGAGAAGGCUGCUGAAAGCUCUGUACCUACGCCCAGGUCUGGCAGAACGUCCAAGCGAGUAGCAACUGGUGCUUCGAGAGGAUCUUCUAGUAACCCUGUACCCUUCCCCACCCCUCCUGCGACCCGGCACCGAAACGCAAACCUUCCCGGCCAGUCUGCAGUCCCUCUUGGCCUGCCCUCCCACCCGGAUGCUGCCCCUCUCCCUUCCCACCUCUCUUCCCUCCUCAACCUCCACCGCGCCUUCAACCUUGCCCUCUCCCUCCAUAUCGCAACCCACCAUCCCGUCCUGCCGCCUCAUUCGUCUACCGCCACGAGCGUCAAACUGCCGAAUCUCACAAACUACUUGGCAAUCAAAGAGACUGUCGAGAGGACUUGUGGGAAGCGUUUCGGGCCAGCAGAACUCGGAAGGCUGGCUUGGGUUUGGGGAUGGGACGGCGAGGAGAUCAUGGAUGAGAAGGCCGUGUCGGAGAAGAACAAGAAGGCGAUGCUUGAUGAGGAUAACCCCUUUGUCGUCCCGGCUUCACCUGCACUUGGUGCGGGGGAGGUUUCUGGAUCCACCUAUCUCAUAACAUCGACCAGAGCACUGGAGCAGUCUACUGGGCGUCGGAUCUACACCCACGGUCUCGGUAUCGAGCUUGGGUUACGGCAAGGAGAGACGAGACAGCUUUUGGCAAACUCUGAUGGCGGUUUCAAGAACCAAGGUCAGGGUGGUGGUACCGCCGCUAUCGGGAGAUGGACUGCCACUGGUGAAGUGCGAGAACAUAAUUUCCGUGCCAAGCUGGAGAAGUGGGUCAAACUUCAUGGCGGCUAUAAACCGAGCGAGGCAAGCGUGUUGCCUACGCCUAGCACCUCUGAAGAUUCUACGCGCUCGAGCAUUCCGCCCAUUCCCAUCCUCCCUCUACCAUCCCUCCCCACCACUACUUUCCCGGCUGCCAACCUCAUGGCUGCGUUUACGUCGCCUUCUUCUGGGCCCACAUCGACUCUGACACCGAAAAAGAACCACCUGCCGCCAUCGUUUGAUUCACCCAAGACAGCUGGUCUGUCUGACCCCUUCGAGAUUGGCGAUAAGGAGGGUGAUGUCAAGGGAAAGAUCGUCAGGCCUGGGUCUGUGGAGGAGAGGCGGAAGGCUAUGAUGGCGAGGAUUAAAGCCAAGUCUGGCGGCAAAGGUUCAUUGUCUACCCUUGGGUCUUCUGUUGGUGGUUUCGGCCGCCCCGGAACAACGUCUACUCAGCAAGAAGGACUCAAACGAAGAUCUAUUCUUAGUCGACUGGAAGGCGUUGCUGAGAGUGUUUGGAUGAUGUUCUCUGGACCAGCUCUCGGGCCCAGUUCUCUGCCCACCCCUCCUCGUGGCCGCAGAAAAGCGAUCCCCAUGGCCGAAGCAGCCGAAGUCAUCGUCAAAUCAUCCAAAACGCCCAUCUCCACUGCUGAAGCUCAGACAUCUCUCCAAAUGCUUACCGAACUCUGCCCCUUCUUCUUGCAUAUCAAGACAAUAGGGAGGCAGGACUGGAUUGAGAUGCCGGCUGCUGUUGCUGUUCCUGCCCCGCUGUCGCCUACUGCUGCCACAGGCUUCUCGGCCUCCCCUUCUGCCUCUACGCUACCCGCUCGUCAACUUCCAGCCUCGCCCUCUACACCCGGCAGACUGAAGGGUGAACUUGCAGGUCCCGCUAGUCCGGGAAAAAUCAGAAGGCAAGGGGGGCUGAGAGAAGUGAGAGAGAGAAUACGGCGCGAAUUGGACAACUGA